AUGAAUAGUUUAAUUGUAGCCAGAAUUGCAUUAGACGUAUGUACAUGGAAGUUUGAUCAUUAUACACAGAGUUCAUGGGAAAUGUAUUGGCAUAAUAAUAUCGAUGAAUUGCAGAAUCAUGUCUGCUUCACAUUAGGGAAUCCUGAUCAAAUGCAAAACAGUAUUCAAGCACUAGAACGCAUUAUUACGUUGCAAAGAUCGAUUUUCAACGGAACUUCAAUAUUGAAUGUUGAUAAACUCUUUUCUAAAAUGGUAUAUCGAUUAGAAUGUGUGAACAAUCGCUCUAGGCAUGUAAUCACGCAAAACAUCGAACCAUUGAUUGGAUUUCUCCGAGAUCCCUUGACAAUUUGUCCGAAUAUUAGCUCAACUGUUGGAAACUCAGUUUUCCAUGAUAUCACUUUUGCUUUACAAUCAAAACGCUUUUUACUUUUGGCACCAUCUGCUCCCUACGAAAAUGUAGCUCUAACCUCGCCUAUACCUCCGUGGCUUGGUAGUCUGGAUGGUCAAAAGAUAUUAAUCGAUAUUGGCAGUUCGUUAUUUAAUGAAUUAGAGGGUAUGAGAAAAAUAGGGGCAGCCAUAAGUAGCCGGUGGUUCUACGAAUAUUUUAAAAAAAUUUCAUUAAAAUUUGAUCGCAUCAUUGCAUUUGAACAAGGCCCACGAAAUCCAAAAAUAUUUUUCGAACAGAUACCUGCUGAUUUACUACCAAUAUAUACAUUCAUCAAUGUCGCUGUUGAACCAUUUGGUAAAUUUAAUCCAUGGAAAAUACUUGAACGAGUAGCUAAACCCAAUGAUUAUGUCAUUGUCAAACUUGAUAUCGAUGCAUCCAAUGUAGAGAAAGAUUUUAUAGAACAAAUUCUUAAAAAUGAAGUUUGGCUUUCUUUGAUUGAUGAAAUGUUUUUCGAAAUGCAUGUCAAUGUGAAGGAAAUGGAGUCUUAUUGGGGAGGAGGAGGAUUAGAUUCACUCAAGGAUGCCUACAAUCUCUUUUCAAAAUUACGUCAAAGUGGCAUUCGUAUGCAUUCAUGGCCGUAG